GCUGGUCCUUCCUGGAGGCGCCUCUCCCCUGCACGCGGCACCUGCCAUCGCCUGUAGGCACGCAAGGCCCCGGGAAAUGAGGAUGAACAUGGUGGUGAGGUGCGCACUUUUAAGCCACCGUGAGCCAAGUGACCCAGACACACACACACACGCAUUCCCCUGCUUCCUCCCUUCACGCCGCGCCCCUCACGCUCUGCACGCUGACGGGAGGCAGGCUAGGGGCUCCUGCACACUGCAGGCUAGUCCAACAACGCCUUUGUUAUUCGUAGGGAAGGAUAUCAGCGUGUGAAUAGCAAGGUGUGGUGUGCGUGGAGCGCCGCCAUUGGGGCUCGCGGGCAGCUCCUCGCCUCAGUCACAGGUGGGAAAGUAAAUGAACGAGGAUUUAAUGAAGUGGUUAUGUGCUGAAAAGUUAAUGAUACGAGAAUAACUACUUCUUCAACAACAACAAUAACAACUGCUACUACUACUACUACUACUACUACUACUACUACAAGAUUAACAGCUACAACUAUAACAACGACGACGACAAUUACUGCGGUUGAUGAUGAUUAAAAAACAUUUAGAGACUGUGCUGAGAACUGAAUAAUACAACAACAACAACAACAACAACAACAACAACGAGGACUUCUACAGCAACAACGACUACAACACAACAAUAAUCAGUCUUCUUGAAACUACGACGCAAUCAUCUCAAGGCGUCUCUUCACCACAGCUCCGGGAUGACGUGAGGCACUCACACAAUGGACGCGUUUCCCCAACAAAUCUCCAUUUUCUUCAACAUGGAUACAUUUUCUUUCCUAGCGGUCGAAUUUAACCGCAAACUCGCAAGAACUCGCUGGAAAAGACCCUCUCUGACCACUACACUCCUAGUUUACCUCACUGUGACCUCUGCCCUCGUGACCAUAGCGUGCGGGGAGCAGAGAUUCGUGCAGCAGCCCCAGAACGUGACGGUGAAGCACGGGGAGAGUGUGACGCUGCCGUGCAAGAUAGCGGACAGGAGGGGCGCUGUGCAGUGGACCAAGGAUGGCUUUGGUUUGGGCACGGACAAAGACCUUCUGGGGUUCAGCCGCUACCGUAUGAAUGUGGACGAUGCCGCGGGCGUGUACAACCUGCACAUUCAGCCCGUGUUAGUGGAGGACGAUGCCCGCUACCAGUGCCAGGUGGGCGGCGCGGAGGGGGAGCGCCACCUCAAAAGUGCCACCGCCACCCUCACUGUGCACUUCCCCCCCACAGACUCCCCCGACCAGGUAUACCUGGACACUGGCUCGCCGAUGGAGGCCACGUCUGGGUCACCUGUGCGGAUUACCUGCGAGGCGGGACUGAGCGCACCUGCCUCAGAGAUCAAAUGGUACAUGAACGGCAAGGAGGGCGUGGACGGGGGCAAAGUCAACACCACCAAGACGCCGCAGCUCAACAGCAUCCUGGUGGCGGUCAAGAGCCGUCUGGACCUCACGCCGGAGAAGAAGCAUCACCAAGCCAACAUCUCCUGCGAGGUGCGACACAAGGCCCUAGAGACGCCCAUCGUGAGGAAUGUGGUCAUGUCCGUCAAGUAUCCUCCCGAGCCCUCCAUCACCGUGGACUCCGCUAAGAUACAGGAGAAGGAUGAUGUAAUGUUCAAAUGCAAGGCUGAGGCCAACCCGCCCACGCUGCGCUACCGGUGGGAGGUGAACGGCGUGGCGGUGGUAGGAGAUCACACGGCCCACUACCUCAUGCCGCGCGUCGACCGCUCCUCCAACGGCGCGAAGGUGGCGUGCAUUGCGGCCAACGACAUCGGCACCAACAGGGCGGAGCAUACCCUGAGCGUGCAGUACGCGCCUCGCUUCAAGACGGAGCCCGAGGACCAAGACGCUGACAACGGCAAGAACCUCACUCUCACCUGCAACGUGGACGGCAACCCGCCCCCGGAGAUUGUGUGGCUGCACGAGGAGGGGAAGAAGGUCAUCAACUUGGGCUCCAGGAUGACCUUCACCGUCACUUCCGAGACAGUGGGCACCUACCACUGCCGCGCUGCCGUCACUGGCUUCCCGGAGGAGUCCCGGUCUAUGCGGGUGUACAUGCGCGGCGCCCCAAUGGUUGUGGACACGGCUGAGCAGUUCGGGAUGGAAGGGGACGACGUGAAGGUGGAGUGCGUGGUGGAGGGGAUGCCGCGCCCUGACAGAGUGGAGUGGGCAAAGGGACGCCGCCCUCUGGAUACGAACUCCUCCCGCUACACAGCCCUGACGGAGGCGGUGCGCGGCGGCCUGAAGGCGACGCUGGUGGUGAGGGACGCGGAGGAGGCAGACUUCGGGGAGUACAACUGCACGGCGAGGAACAAGUACGGGACUCACACUGGCGUCAUCUUCCUCAAGCGACAACUUUGCUAUAUGGACAAGGAACUGGCUAUUAAAAUUGCCUUCAGAGAGAGCCUCCCGCUGGUAACGACGCUCGUGGCCAUCAUCGGAGGCAUCGUGUUCCUGGUGGUGGUGGUGGUGGUGAUCGUGCUGUUCAAGAAGAAAGGCCGCACGUACAAAGACCCCGGCCUGGAGAAGAACAGCAUGCGCUCCUCAGACCUCUCCUCCACCCACGACUCAGUGCUGAAGGUGGAGACGCGCACGGCAACAGGCAGCGACCUCUCCCCCUCCGAGGAAGAGGAUUACAGCUCGCACGAUGACUGGGAUGAGCGGCGACGGGUGCGGUGUGAGACGCCCUCCGCUGCCCAGAGACCCGCUGCGCUACUCCGCCGUGGAUUACUCCGAUACUGUCUUCCCGCUAAAGGACCACCCCAACAACAACACCAGCGCGGCGGCUACAUCAAGUACUACUCCCGUGACUACGACCCCCCCGCCGCCCCCGCCUCUCUCCUUCAACAGGAACUCCAUCUACACCACGAGUCAGGGCGGCGGCGCGGCGCUCAACAACGUGGACCCGCGCUAUUCUGCCGCCUACGGAAACCCCUACCUGAGGGUGCCGAGCAGGACGGGCACCCAGGGGCUCUACGGCAGCAGCGGCGGGCUGGAUACCGUGACAGGGGGGAGUGCCACAGUCGCCACAGCCAAGUCUGUUCGUCACCGGAGCGUCACAGCCACACAUCAUGAACAACAACAAUAAUAACAACACUCUGAACAACACCAGUGCCAUCUACGGCCAGAAUCGCAACAACCUGCGUCUGAGUGCCAACCUCAACAACCAGUACAUCACCAUGCCGCAAGGGGACGGCCGCAACAGCGUUCACGGCACUCAUAUAUGAGGGGUUCCCGCCGCGUUGACUAUGACGUAGCGCGUUCGUAGCACGUUCACGGUAUCUUGGCAAGUAAGCCCCGUCCCCUUCCCUCCUAGCGAUAGGCAAUCAUAGAAGUUUUCUCCCAGACAGGCACCAAUCAUAUUUAUUUGGGAGGGGUUGUGGGAGGUGCUUAGGCAUCAGUCAACCAAUGAAGUGCCUGUAGCAACGGGAGAGGGAGGAGCUCUUCAGGAUAAUGGGAAAGGAAUGGCUUGUUAUCAGUGUUACCAAGCUAGACACCAAACUCUCCCUCCCAGACCCCUUCCUUCAAGGCAGUGUGUGUACAUAAGUAUAUAUAUAUUUACUUCUAUCUCUAGUGUAAGUCUUUUCCUUGAGGUAACUUAAGAACACAUAAGGUUGCUUAAUAAGACGCAAGGAGGUGAGGAAGGUGGAUCUGUGUGUGUCUUGCCAAACAAGUACUUAAGGUUAAUUCUUUGUCUUGUUGCUUCCAGACCUCAACUUGUUAAUAGUAUCAAAUUAUAUAAACACUGUAGCACUUUAACGCCCGUGGUUGAAUAGGACGGUUUUAAAAUUAUUAUUACAAAAAUGAAAGAGGGAAACAGAGAAAGAAAAAAAAAAGAGUCAUGGAAACAGAGAAAGAAAAAAAAAAAAAAAACUCAUAGAGUUUUAAUCAAGUAAGAGAAAAUAGUGUUGCUCAAGAAAUCAUUGUAAUCAUCAGGAGGUCAGAGGAAUGUCUGGGGCUCCAGUUGAACCAAAGAGUGUGUGUGUGUGUGUGUGUGUGUGUGUAUGUGUGUGUGUGUGUGUGUGUGUGUGUGUGUGUGUGUGUGUGUGUGUGUGUGUGUGUGUGUGUGUUGCUGUUACCAUCAUAAAUCCCGGCAAAUCGAAACAUAAUAUAUGAUGAAUUUCCAACGCCUUCACACACACACACACACACACACACACACACACACACACACACACACACACACACACACACACACACACACACUUGAUAAAUAAAGUUCCAAUUCAUAAACUCACAAACACACAAACACACACACAAACACACGCACACACGUUGCGAACUGAUUAGUCACUCUGCCAAUAAAGAAACAUAAACAAACGCUUUAAUAUUACCAUACAGAAAA